AUGGCUUUUAAGAUACCAAGCGACUUCAAGUUCCCGGAGCAAGCCACGUUCGAUGGAACUGGCGAUCCCCGCGAGCAUUUGCUGAGCUAUCAGGCCAAGAUGCAGGUUUUAGGGGUACGAGACCCGGUCAUGUGUCGUGCUUUUUUACCCACGUUGAAGGGGUCAGCGCAAAGGUGGCUGGUGGCGCAGCCCUCAGGGUCGAUUCAUAACUUUGAAGAGCUGGCAGACCGCUUCAUGAGCCAUUACGCCGCUAAUAUUAAGCCACAAAAGGACCUAACUCACUUGGGUGACAUCCGUCAAGACGAAGGCGAAUCUCUGAAAACCUAUCUGGCCCGCUGGCAGAAAGAAAUCCAUACGGAGGAGUGCUUCUACCUGAAAAAGAUCAUGGAGGGCAUCAUCCAGCAAGGAACUCCGCCUCCUAACCAGUGGAGGCGAAGGCCGGGCAGUCGAGGAGAUGAGGAACCCGUCGCAGUUGCCGAAAGCGGUCGAGGCAAACAGCCAGUUUCCGGAGAGGAGGAGGCUCAGUGGCGCCAAAAACCGAUUAUCAACAUGAUAGUUGGCGGGCCGGAAGGUGGUGAUUCAGCGAACACCAGAAAAGCUUGGGCCCGGCAGUUGUACGUCGGGACAGUGUAUGGGCGUGAGGAAAACUCCAAAAAAGUGUGUCGAGAGCCCAUCGUGUUCACCGACAGAGACUUACCAGCCGGAGAAAUACCGCAUCGAGACGCGUUGGUUAUAGCUAUGGACGUCAACGGCAUCGUCGUUCGGCGAAUCCUUGUAGACACCGGAAGCAGCGUCAACGUGCUAUAUCUAGAAACCUUCACUAAAAUGGGGUUGACUCGAGAACAGCUGAACCCCGUCAAAACCCCUCUCGCCGGCUUCACAGGGGACUCGGUGGAGACAGAAGGGUCGAUCACACUCCCAGUGGAGAUUGGCACGUACCCGGACGUACAGCAACUCAGCAUGAAAUUUAUUGUGGUAGACCUGGCCUGCUCGCAUAACGCGAUACUUGGCCGACCGGGUCUUGAGGAUUUAGGAGCCUUGAUCUCAAUUGAGCAUCUCUGCCUGAAAUUCCGCACACCGAAUGGAAUAGGUACGGUGCGCUGUGACCGGAAGGUCGCCCGCGACUGCUAUCUGCAGGCAUGCAGAGGGAUGGGCAAACGCGAGAUGCGGAUCCAUGAGAUCACUGAGAGGCCCCCUAAGAAGACGAUACUACCUCGCCCAGAGCCUGCCGUCGAGUUGGAGGAAGUCGAGAUCGACUCUACACGGCCAGACCGACGGGUGCUCCGGGAGCACCGGACGGUUUUCGCCUGGGGCCCAGAGGACAUGCCUGGCGUCGACCGAUCAAUCAUAUCCCACAAGCUCGCCGUAGAUCCGGAGCACCGACCGGUCGUACAGAAGAAACGAUACCUAGCCAACGAUCGGAGGGAAUUCGUAAAGAAGGAGGUUGGCACGCUACUAGCGGCCGGGCACGUCCGCGAGGUUAAGUACCCGGAGUGGCUGGCCAAUGUGGUCCUCGUGCCCAAACCCCCGGCGUGGAGAAUGUGCGUAGACUACACCGACCUUAAUAAGGCUUGUCCGAAAGACCCGUUUCCCCUACCUCGGAUCGACCAGUUAGUCGACGAAACGGCCGGGUCGGCGCUAUUGAGUUUCAUAGACGCCUUCAGAGGGUACCACCAAAUAUUUAUGCACCCGGCGGACGAGGAGAAGACCGCCUUCCUGACACCGGACGGAGUUUACUAUUACCGAGUCAUGCCAUUCGGGCUUAAAAAUGCCGGGGCUACGUACACCCGGAUGGUCGCCCGGUUGUUCCAACAUCUGCUUGGGAAAUCGAUGGCUGCGUACGUCGACGACAUGCUCGUCAAGAGCCAGGAGGAGGAUAAGUACGCGGAGGACUUGGCCGACUGCUUCAAGGUAAUGAUGAAAUACAACCUUCGGCUGAAUCCCAAAAAGUGCGCGUUCGCCGUCCAAGGUGGCAAAUUCUUGGGCUACAUGGUCACCAAACGAGGCAUCGAGCCGAAUCCGGAAAAAGUACAGGCCAUCAUCGACAUGCAGCCUCCUACAACCGUCAGGGACCUACAACGGCUGACCGGCCGAUUGGCCGCCCUUAGCCGCUUCUUGAGCAAAGCGGCGGAUAAGACCAUACCUUUCUUCGAAGCUAUAAAAAAGAAGGAGGGAUUCGCUUGGACGGCCGAAUGCCAGCAAUCGUUCGAAGAGUUGAAACAGUACCUCUCAACGCCCCCAGUGCUGUCUACCCCCCAGGUGGACGAGCCUUUAUUCUUGUACCUCGCGGCCUCAGCCAAAGCAGUGAGUUCAGUAUUGGUCCGAGAGGAUGACCGAGUCCAGCACCCGGUUUAUUACGUAAGUCGCUCGCUGAAGGCCGCCGAGACGCGGUACACCAUUGUGGAAAAGAUUGUGUAUGCGUUGGUGGUUACCGUGCGCAAGCUGGCACCCUAUUUCCAAGCCCAUACCGUUCGAGUUUUGACAGAUCAGCCGCUCGGAAGCGUGCUAAGAAACCCCUUGUCCUCCGGCCGACUUGUAAAGUGGGCCGUAGAGUUGACUCAGUAUGGGAUUGAGUACCAACCUCGGCCUUCCAUUAAGGGUCAGGCCCUAGCCGACUUCCUGGUCGAAUGCACUGCAAGUGAGGAGGAAAAAGAACACGCCUCGGAGGGCUGCCCAGGCGAGUGGUGGGAAAUGCAAGCGGACGGAGCGUCGAGCCGACAACACUGUGGAGGCGGUGUCAUGCUCAUCACUCCGGAAGGAUUCCGGUUAUAUUACGCUCUGAGAUAUCGGUUCUCGACAUCAAAUAAUGAGGCCGAGUACGAAGCGGUAUUAAACGGCCUCCGACUCGCCAAGGCCCUGGGAGUCGAGCGGCUGCGAAUCAAGACUGACUCCAGACUGGUAGUUGGACAGAUCUCGGGCACAUGUGAAACUAAGAAUGCAAAGAUGGCGCUAUACAAAGAGCGCGCGGUCGAGAUGUUAAAAGGGUUCGUGGCUUAUGAGAUAGAGUACAUACCCCGAACGGACAACACGGAAGCCGACUUAUUGUCCAAAAUUGCCUUGGAAGGGGUACCGGACCAUCUGAUAAAAACUUGUCAGAAGGAGGAGCUACAUCAGCCGAGUGUUGGAGAGACACCACCGGAAGUCCAGCAAAUAGAUCUCGGGGAAUGGGAUCGAGGGAAAAAUCCCAAAAUGUUCUGGAUAGAGGACAUCCGGCGAUUCAUAGAAAAAGGCGAGCUACCGGAAGACCCGGGAGCCGCCGCGAAAGUUCGGCGGAAAGCCCCCUCCUUCCGGAUCAUCGACGGGCAGCUAUACAAACAGUCGUUCGGUGGACCCUUGCUAAAGUGCGGCGUUUGUCAAGCAUUCGCCAGGAAGGACACCCGGCCGGCCACCUUUUACACACCGGUCACCACUGCCAUCCCCUUCGCCAAGUGGGGAAUAGACUUGUUGGGACCAUUGCCCGUCGCUCCGGGAGGCCUGAAGUUUUGCGUUGUGGCUAUCGACUACUUCACCAAAUGGGUCGAGGCAGAACCAUUGGCUACCAUCACUGAGUACCAAUGUCGACGUUUUCUAUGGAAAAGGGUGAUAUGUCGCUUCGGCCUGCCUGAGCACAUCGUCAGCGAUAACGGGCGACAGUUUGACUGCCAGGCCUUCGCUGAUUUCUGCCGCCGACACGGUAUCAAGCACACCAAGGUCUCGGUGGCAUACCCACAAGCCAAUGGGCAGGUCGAGAAUGUGAAUCGAACGUUGGUCGAUGGGAUCCGGAAGAAGCUCGAAGACAUCUGA